AUGACGAAAACUAGCGUGGCAGUGAUGUCCCCAUCAGAAAGUGGGACCAGCGCUGCUGUCGAUGCAACACCAAACCCUAGCGGAGGACCCAUGUGCAAAAACUGUCACACACUCACCACGCCUCUAUGGCGUAGAAACGAACACGGUGCAGUGCUAUGCAACGCGUGCGGCCUGUUUUUGAAACUCCACGGCCGUCCUCGACCCAUUAGUCUCAAAACAGAUGUAAUUAAGCCUCGAAACCGUAAAAGCACACAUUCUGCAGCCAAUUCCUCGCCCAUCAUGCUCCACCAGUCGGGUUCCGAAAGUCGCAAAAAAGAGACCAAAAAACGCAAGAUCCAGGACCCACGCGAAAUCAGUGCAGCUGAAACUCUCGAAACCAUUUUGCAGUUCGAAAACGGUCCCCGUCAGCCCACCAAGCUGCCGGAUUCACACUCAGGCGAGCCCACCGCGGGCCAUGGCUCGGGCGUCGGCAACAUGCAUGUUUGGCGCAAGAUCGUACCUGCAGCGGGCCAAACGACAUCGCCCUCGCCCUUGGGAGCCACUACACCGCAGUCGAAAAUCCCAGCUCCGCAACAUAUCAAUGGGCCCCUGCCUCAUCUUUCGAUUCUCCUAGAAUCGGUCAAGACUGCGGAUGAGAGAUCUCAAUCACAGGCUCAGAGGAUUCAAGAAGUGCCGACGUCGUCUGUCGACCCAGAAAUUUUGAAACAGCAAUACCAGGAACAACGAGGAUUGUCGUCGCCGCCGCCACAAUCAAAUCGAAAUCAGGCUCCCCCGCUGGCUUCUCCGAACGCUUCUGCCAGCGGCACUCAGUUGGCUCUUUCACACCCACAGUCUAACACUUCCCAGCGGUCGGACUCCGGCCGUUCUAAUCCAUCUGCGGCCCAGGACUCGCAAUUCAAAGAGCAUUCUCGACAAGAAUUGAACGAUAAUUACCAAAAUGUAUCGACCCAGCCAAAUGUUGCCUCUACCAGAGCAGGCGGUGAGGUCGCCCAAGUUCCACAGAUGCAUAUGGCUUCUAUCAACGAGAUUCUGAACAAUCAGAAGCCCACUUACGAAAAUUCAGGCAUAUACGUUUCGUCAAUGAGCGGUAAAAAACCGGGCAGUGGCAUGGCAUCGAGAGCACAGUCGCCAGAACUUCAUAGUGGUCUUUCGAAUGGUCAUUUCUCUCACGUUUUGCAGCAAAACAGUUUAGAAUUGGCAGGUGUGCAUCAAUCUCAAUCUGGAUCUCAAACCUCAGACUCACCGCCGCCAAUCGACAUCCAAACAAGUGGCUUUAUGGGCCCUUCGCCCAGUAAAGGUAACAACUCGGCGCUCAAAGGUGGACGAACUGGAGGAGUGGAUGCAGGCCAGCAACGCAAACGCUCCGAGCGAGAAAUGGCAAAUUCUCAGCAGCAGCUGGAAGAGGGAGAAAAACCGCAGCAACGCAGUGGCACAGAUUAUGGUGCUAACACAUAUACACACGCCAGUACAUCGCGUGGCAGCCGACAUAGCUCUGACGAAGCUCCAACACCUUCUAGCGCCUCUCUCAUCAGCCUGCUACAAGGACAAGAAGAAAUGAUAAAACUCAAGACCCGCAUUAGUGAAUUGGAACUUGUCACCGAUUUGUACAAGAGACAUAUACUCGAGCUCGACGCCAAGUGCCGGGGUCUGGAGGAGAAACUCUACGAUGUUGGGAAGUAA